CAUUCAUCAACCUUAAGAUUGAGAACGAUUAAAAACGCGAAUGUCGUGGCCACUAACCGAGUAGGACACAGCACAGCUCGGUCAUCACUCGUCAGCCGUCGCUUUCAUCUCCCUCAUCUGAUUUGGCGCGCGCAAGCAAUCGCAAUGCUCGCUGAUCUCACCGCCCCACCCCCACACACAAUAAGCAAAUUGCUCAAUCGAUUUCAUCGCUUCCUCCACCAGCUAACAACACAAAUAAAGAAAAACAAGGCAAAUGCUUCGAAUCGGCGUCCUCAGAUUCGUCGCUCUCCCUCGCUCCUCUUCCUUUUUCUUCAGUACCACUUCUCCCAAAUCCCUCAAUCCUUGUACAAUUCGCACCAAGUUCGCUUCCCAUUCCCGAACGAUGGCUUAUACGACGUCGUCGGGUUCUUCCUCCAAGCUCCUCUUCCGCCAGCUCUUCGAGAAGGAGUCCUCCACCUACACUUACUUGCUCGCCGAUGUCUCUCACCCCGACAAACCCGCUCUGUUGAUUGACCCGGUGGACAAAACGGUGGAUAGGGAUAUCUCCCUUGUCAAAGAGUUGGGGCUGAAGUUGAUCUACGCCAUGAACACUCAUGUUCAUGCUGAUCACGUGACCGGAACCGGUCUCAUGAAGACUAAGCUUCCUGGCGUAAAAUCUGUCAUUUCGAAGGCGAGCAAAUCAAAAGCGGACCUUCUUAUUGAAUCCGGCGAUAAAAUAUAUUUUGGCGAUCUGUUUUUGGAGGUUAGAGCUACUCCUGGGCAUACAUUAGGUUGUGUUACGUAUGUUACAGGAGAUGGGCCUGAUCAGCCCCAACCAAGGAUGGCUUUUACUGGAGAUGCACUACUCAUACGUGGAUGUGGGAGAACUGAUUUUCAGGGUGGCAGUUCACAACAGCUGUACAAGUCAGUUCAUUCACAGAUUUUUACAUUGCCAAAGGAUACAUAUAUCUAUCCUGCUCAUGAUUACAAGGGAUUCACUGUUAGUACCGUGGGGGAGGAGAUGCUCUAUAAUCCUCGGCUCACAAAAGAUGAGGAGGAAUUUCAAAGUAUCAUGGAAAAUCUAAAACUCGCAUAUCCAAAAAUGAUUGACAUAGCUGUACCUGCAAAUAUGGUUUGUGGAUUGCAAGACUUGUCUGAAAGACCUGCCGAGUCCAUGGCCAACUAGAUACAGUUGCUGCUAUGAUUUGUACUUCAGACAAGAACUUCUAAAAGGAGUUGGCGCGUUACCACAUAACUCGGGUGAAAUAUACUAGUAGUGCUGAAAAGGCAGAUCUAUAUCCAAUGAUACCUCUCGUGUUCGUUUUAAGAGAUAAUUGUAUGAGUUAUUUUGUUGUGCAGAAAAAUAAUAAGAAAACGGAACGAAAACGGAAAAAAAAUGUGUGGAUGAAUGAAAGGGCCAGCUACCUGCGGCUGUUGUAUUGGACUUACUACGUUAAACCUCUUGUUUACUAUUUUCCAUGCAACAUCUUCUGCAUGA